AUGCAGCCUUUGUGAGACGAAAACAUAUAAAACAAAUACAAAAAAUGGCCAAAAACUCAAAUGAUGAUGAAACAAAAGAUGGCUUGGAUAACAAGAAACCGUUUGUCUCUGCCUCAGACUUCUCAGUCCCUAUCAUCGACUUCGCAGGCGUCCACGCUGAUGCACUAUCACGUGAAGGUAUCGUAGAGAAGAUCAAAGACGCUGCAGAGAAGUGGGGAAUGUUCCAGGUGAUCAAUCAUGGUGUUCCUUUAACUGUUCUUGAAGAGAUCAAAGAUAGAGUUAUUAGGUUUCACGAGGAAGAUACUGAGGUAAAAAAAUCUUACUUCUCGCGAGAUUACACCAAAACAUUUAAUUACUUCAACAGUUUCGAACGUGAAGAUUUGUCUGUUGGUAACUGGAGAGACAGCUUUGCUUGUUACAUGGCUCCUGAUCUUCCAAACCCUGAGGAUCUCCCAGUGGCUUGCAGGGAUGCUAUGAUUAUAUACUCGGACCAUGUGAAGAGGUUAGGUGGUUUGAUCGUUGAACUUGUCUCAGAAGCUCUUGGUGUGAGUUCUGAGACACUUAAGAGGAUGGACUGCACAAAGGGUUUGCAAAUGAUCUGCCAUUAUUACCCUCCUUGCCCACAACCUGACCUAACUUUGGGCACAAGGAAACAUACCGACAACACUUUCAUCACUAUUCUUCUUCAAGAUCAAGUCGGUGGUCUUCAAGUUCGUCAUCAAGACUGUUGGGUCGAUGUAACGCCUAUUCCCGGCGCUCUUGUCAUCAACGUAGGAGAUUUCUUGCAGAUGAUGACUAACAACAAGUUCACAAGUGUGAACCAUAGGGUGCUUGCGAACAGAGUUGGACCGAGGAUAUCAGUCGCGUACUUUUUCUGCUAUCCUACGAAUCUAAAUUCCACAGCUUAAGGAGCUUCUCUCUGAAGAAACCCCUUACAAAGAGAUAUCAUGAUGAAAGAGUACACAAAGGGAUUACAUCUGUCGAAUUUUAAGUUAUAAAAAAUGAAAAUAAUAAACACUUGCGAGUGUAACAGUCUAGUUUGUGUUUCAUAUAUAUCUUUGAGUAAGCAGUUGUCCACUAGUAAAGUCUAGCCUCCCCAAGAUAAGGCUCUUAUUAAGAUCCCAUGAGAACAUAAAAUCCAAACUAGCUAUGUUACAAAAUGUCAAGUAACGAAGUCCUAAAACACUUUGCAUAAGCUUCACGUCUUCUACAAGGUCAAGGUCAAAGGCUUGACACAUAUUGUAGAAAGUACUGUAAAAAAAGAAAACCUCAAGCAGAAGGAGCUAGAAACUCAGUGUUUCUCAUAACAUACCUCUACACUAAAACCAAUCACUAAAUUAAUCAAGAUAAUUAAAUGACUGUAA